AUGCAGUCCGCCGCCGCCGCCAACAUGAUUGCUAGCAAACCGGCCGACGAUACGCCGUCAGUCCCGUCGCCGUCGUCGCCGUUGAAGAUGGGGCAGAUUGAGGAGCAGGAGAAGCCGCAACCGCAGCUGAAGCAGACGGCGACAGCGGCGUCAACGACCAAGAAGACGACGGAGCCGUCAUUAAGAUACCCCUUUUGGUUCGGAGGCAGCGCCAGUAGUAUGGCCGCCUGCGUCCGCCUGCAGGUCCGCCGCCCGGACGCGCCGAAGAACAUGAGCGGCACCUUUGCCCACAUCAUCCGCAACCACGGCGUGACCGGCCUUUACAACGGCCUCUCGGCCUCCCUGCUCCGGCAGAUGACGUACUCGACCGUCCGCUUCGGCGCCUACGAGGAGAUGAAGAUCCGCGCGACCCGCGCCAACGACGGCAAGGCGCCGUCCUUCCCCGUCCUCGUCGCCAUGGCCUCGGCCUCGGGCUUCGUCGGCGGCAUCUCGGGAAACGCCGCCGACGUGCUCAACGUGCGCAUGCAGCAGGACGCCGCCCUCCCCGCCGCUGAGCGCCGCAACUACAGCCACGCGCUCGAGGGCAUGCUGCGCAUGGCGCGCGAGGAGGGCAUUAUGAGCUGGUUCCGCGGCGUGCUGCCUAACAGCAUGCGCGCCGCCGCCAUGACGGCCUCGCAGCUGGCGUCGUACGAUACCUUCAAGGGCAUGCUCAUCCGCCACACCCCCAUGGGCGACAACCUCACGACGCACUUCACCGCAUCCUUCCUCGCGGGCGUCAUGGCCGCGACCGUGACGAGCCCCAUCGACGUGAUCAAGACGCGCGUCAUGUCGGCGAGCACCCAGGAGGGCCUGGCGCACACGCUGACCAAGAUCUACAAGGCCGAGGGCCUGGGCUGGAUGUUCAAGGGCUGGGUGCCUAGCUUCCUCCGCCUUGGACCUCAAACCAUCUGUACGUUUGUCUUCCUAGAAAUGCACCGCAAGAUCUAUAGAAAGGUCGCCGACAUCGGCGGCAGCGAGGAGGCGUCCAUCAAGGGGUGA